GGCUGGAGAGUGAACCUGUGUUGCUUCCUGCAAGCUUGAAGACACUGCAGGUCAGGAUUGAGUGCUAGCUACUCCCAUGGUGCUCUGGGAGGCAGGAAUGCCCUCAGUGAUUUGACUGUCCUGUGCUGUGAUUGGACCUGCCUGUCACCUCCCUGCCCUUCUCCUUUUCUUUUCCUGAAUUCCCUUUAGCCAUCUCACUGGGCUUGCUUAUGAGGCGCAUCUCCUGAACAGGGAAAGCUGAGACUUCGUGCUGGUGCCCUGUGAGCUCUCGAGGUAGUCAACAACAGCUGCUGUGUUUGAGCAGCCUUGCUGAGAGGAAAGAGAAUGGCUUGCAUUGAGUUUUCUUUUCACAUGCCAAGUCUAGAGGAGCUUGCUGAAGUUUUGCAGAAGGGGCUAAAGGACAACUUUGCCGAUGUCCAGGUCUCUGUGGUUGACUGUCCAGAUUUAACAAAAGAGCCAUUUACCUUUCCUGUAAAAGGCAUCUGUGGGCAAACUAGAAUUGCAGAAGUAGGAGGUGUGCCUUACUUAUUGCCUCUUGUAAACAAAAAAAAAGUUUAUGACCUAAAUGAAAUUUCAAAACAAAUAAAGCUGCCCGGAGCUUUUAUCCUUGGAGCAGGGGCAGGUCCAUUUCAGACACUUGGGUUCAAUUCUGAGUUCAUGCCAGUUGUUCAAACAGCAAGUGAACACAACCAACCUGUGAAUGGAAGUUACUUUGCCCGUGCAAAUCCUGCAGAUGGACAAUGUCUGCUGGAGAAAUACAGCCAAAAAUAUCGCGAUUUUGGAUGUGCACUACUGGCUAAUCUUUUUGCCAGCGAGGGCCAACCUGGCAAGGUCAUUAAAGUGCAAGCCAAGAGGAGGACAGGAACACUUAACUUUGUGAGCUGUAUGAGGCAGACUCUGGAGAAGCACUAUGGUGACAAGCCCGUGGGGAUGGGAGGCGCCUUCAUUGUGCAGAAGGGGAAAGUGAAAGCCCACAUCAUGCCUGCAGAGUUUUCUUCCUGCCCACUGAACUCGGAUGAAGCUGUCAAUAAAUGGCUACACUUCUAUGAGAUGAAGGCUCCUUUGGUUUGUCUACCAGUUUUCGUUUCCAAAGACCCAGGGCUGGAUUUGCGACUGGAGCACACACAUUUCUUCAGUCAUCAUGGAGAAGGUGGACACUACCACUACGACACCACCCCAGACACAGUGGAGUAUCUUGGCUACUUCUCACCUGCACAGUUCCUCUACCGCAUUGAUCAGCCCAAAGAGACCCAUGCCUUUGGAAGGGAUUAAAGCAGCUGGUUUAAUGGUUAGCUAAAGUUAAAUUACUAACCCAGCAACUGAUAGUAAUUAAAAAAUAUAGUAGAGGAGGAGGGAGAAGAGGAGGAGGAGGAAGAGGAGGAGGAGGAGGAGGAAUGAGGAGGAAUGAGGAGGAAUGAGGAGGAAUGAGGAGGAGAGAGCGCUUCCCUAGCAAGCCAAGGCCCUGCCUUAAUCCACUGCACAACCAAUAAAAGUAAUUUCACUAAACAUAGCACUAUUUUUUAUGGCAUUUGAAAUGCAAGGCUAUGGACAUAUGAUACUCAUAUUAUUUAGCAUUUUCAUGUGAAGGAGAGUAUUGGGAACAUAGGUAACUAAUUGAGAUGUUCACUUUCCUAUAUGCUCACUUUAGUAAACCAAUUUUAUGUCUUUAUAGCCCAGCAAAGCCUACCUUUUCUUCAUACCUCAGAUAUGAACAUGGACAGGGAUCUUCCAUUAUUCCUGCUAUCUAGGAAGAACUUACAUUUGGGUGGCAUUACUAGAUUUUUCAAGUUCAUCUCACAAGGGCUAAUGGAUUAUUACUCUAAUACUGAGUAUUAGAUACAACAGUGUGGAAUCUUUGCACUGAGUUUUAAAACCCCACUCGGGAAAUCAGUGUACUAUGUUCUCAGCACUUGGGGGGCUCCCUACACUCAGAAGUCUGCAGCUGUCUUCUACAGAUGUUAAUAACAUUGACUAGCCAGGCUCUUCCUGAAUUAGGUCUCUAUCCAACAGUUUUACCUUAGUAACAGUUUGAAAGAUAAGAGAGAAAAGAAACAGCAACAAAACACAACACUGAACUCGGCCAUUCUCCAUUGUGAGAUAUAAAACUACUCUCUUAGUGUGAAGUGUCUUAAAAAGACACCUUUGUACCUGCCCUUUCUUUGGCUAUAUGGACUGUUGAGACAAUAGACAAGACAUUGGAAUUCCCUCAGGAAUUUCAUGCCAGAGGAAGGAAAAGGCUGAGGCCUGGUGCCAGCCAGAGGAGGAACUUGUCUCCAGGAAAGAGAUGUCACAUAGCUCUCAGGACAAACAGAAGCCUAGACAAUGGUGGCGGGCAGGACCACAGGUUGACCUGCUUUGUUAGGCAUACCUCGUGCCUUCUACUUAAACUUGAACCUCAUGCCAGGACCCAACAUGGAUUCUGCAGGAUAGUGGGGAGGGAUGGGAAUCCAGAGACCUGUUUGUUCCUCUUCCCAAAGUGAUUACAUUCAAGAAAUCUUUUUGUGCUUUUUCAAAAGAUAUUACACUAUUACUGUGCGCUAAUGGUUAGCAUAUGGUGAUGAUAGUUAGAAAACUCCUUGCUGUUCUGUAUCAUAGAACCUGUGAUGAUCAUUAGCCAAAAAUCAACUUUCGAUCCUUGCUAAUGGCAAUAAGAUGUGGGUCUAGGAACUCUUUAGAACUAAGCCCUAAAUGUUUUCUGAUUCUUUACUUUGUAAUGCACAUGCCUUGUAUUAUUUUUAAUAAGUGUUAUUUUUAAUUAAACAUGAUUUUUGAGAUGAACCUGAAUAGAA